UGUAUAUAUAACCAUUGAAAGUCUUCCCCAUUUCAAAUCCCAUUGAAAACACCAUAGAUUCAUCAUAGAAGAAGAAAGAAGGGAAAGAAAGGGAGGUUGGAUUGAAGAACAUGGGAAACAGUCUAAGGUGCUGUUUGGCAUGCGUUCUUCCGUGUGGAGCCUUAGACUUGAUCCGUAUAGUACACUUAAAUGGGUACGUAGAAGAAUUAACAGGCCCUCUGACGGCCGGAGAAGUCUUAAAGAACCACCCGAAUCAUGUCUUGAGUAAACCUUGCUCUCAAGGCACGGUUCGCCGGAUUCUAAUUCUCUCACCGGAGUCAGAGCUCAAAAGAGGCAGCAUAUAUUUCUUGACACGCUCGUCCUCGCUGCCAGAAAAAAACAAAAUCCGCAGUUUGCCUAAGAAGCCUUCCAAGAAGAGCAAGAGCGCCACUAUGACUGCGGCGGAUUGCGAUCAACAUUUAACGGAAGUCUCGUCCGAUAAAAAGUCCUCCCGCCGAGAUCGCCGGAGAUGUAGAGUUGGAGUCUGGAGGCCCCAUCUCGAGAGCAUUUCUGAGGACUAAAGUCCUUUUGUUUUCCCCUCCAAUUGGGUUCAACCCAUCUCUUUUUCCUCCCUUUAGAUGGAAUGAUUGAUUUUGUGCAUAAUUUUCUUUUUCUUUUUCUUUAUGGAAAGAAGAAAGGAGUAGUCUAUUUCCGUCUGCAUGUAAUAUAGCAGAACCGGAAACUUCUAUGGCAUAGUCGUCUGUUUGCCACAAGGGAUAUAUACUACUACAAGAUUCGGUCGACCUUACAAAGAAAUUCCUUUUUGUUUUACAGUCAGCUGAUCAAGUUGUAAUUGAUGAUCGACCUUCUUGUAAAGUUCUUGAGGAUAAUUACCGGCAUGGUUUUGCGAUCUAUGUCCUCGAAGCAAUAAUCAAUGAAUAGUUAAUGAAAUCUCGACCGUA